GAGAGGAUCAUAACACUCGGAGGGCCUUUCCUCAUCCGAAUUGCGUAUCAAAUUUUCAUCAUACACAUCACAACCAAAAUAGUUCAUUUCUUACGUCAUAUAAUUUAAAGAUUAUCUCUCAAAAAAUUAACUUAAUAAAACAGUUUGAUAUAGUUAAAAUCCUCAUGAGGAACCGUCAAUUUGUUGAUAAUGGCUAAAUGAUCCCUAAUUUGAUUAAUUUUUAAAGAGAUGCUAUUAAAUAGUUAUUGAGAAAUUGAACGGUUCUAAUUAAAGAUUGUUCAUAGCAAUUAUACGCUUUGCUUCCUUGUCGGCAAAAUAAUUUUUUUCCACAGUUCAGUAUAUACGCUUUGCAUCCUUGUCGUCAAAAUAACUAUUUUUCCACAGUUCAGUAUAAAGCCUUUAGCUGAUGAUGUGCUCUGGAAGUAGUAGCAUAUGCUUGAUAUCUUAAGGAUGAAGAAAUUAUAUCAAUGCAGGAACCAGAAAACUUAAGAAAAGUAAAAAAAAAGUAAAGAAAUCGAAUCAUUCUCUUUUGAAAGGAAACCCAGAAGAAACCUUUUAGCCUAUACCUACCUUGUCCCCAACCCUUUCAGCAUGUAUCUAUAAGAUGAAAGAAAGAGAGACCUUCAUGAAUUCCUUUUGCAUUCCCUAUUGAAACCCUUAAAGAGAGAAAAGAAUUAUUCAUCACCAAUGGAAACGAAAACUGCAGCACAGGAUGAGCAGUUUUAUGAGGAUUUUGAACCGUUUUGCCAAUGGAAUAAGGAGGAAGGAUUUAACAUUCUUGAAGUACAUCUACCAGGUUUCAAAAGACAAGAUAUUAGAGUUCAAAUCAACAAUUUGGGCAUCCUAAACAUUAGCGGAAAGCAACCUAGGGUUGAAGAAACUACAUCUGCUUUACCCAGCCGCUUCUGUAGAGAGAUUAAAAUUUCUAAAAAUUGUACUACGAACGGAAUCCGUGCUAAGUUUUCCGGUGGAAUUCUUUCCAUAACUAUUCCAAAGAAAGCUCAGCAUUCUAACGCAUCAGCUGGAUCACACGGGGCAGAUAAUGCUGCAUGGUCGUCAGUUAAUGACUACUUAGUUUGUUUAAGAAGCAGAGUUUUGAGGCCAAGACUGAGCAAGAAGACAGCGGUGGUGGUUAUUCUGGUCAUGGCGCUGGGAGGUUAUGCAGUAUCUAGAUAUACAAAGUCAGCUAGCUCCGUGAAUGCCUUUGAUUUGAGGGAACUUCCAUCAGAUCAAGUUCCAUGAAUGCCUUUGUAGCAAUACUAGCAAACUAGCAAGUACCGUUGAAAAAUUGUAAUCAAUUAUAAUCACAACACCAUAUAUACUAAUUAACCGAAUAAA